CGGCGGAGCGGCGACCCAGCUGCGGGAGGAAGCCAGUAUGGUGCUGCCGCCAGAGCUGCCGCCGUUACUGCUGUCGCUGCCGCCGCUGUUACUGCUGUCGCUGCCCUGGGUGCCCACGGAAGCCAGGACCGGGACGGUUGGCGUGCUGGCGCCCCGGGAGGUGAGCGGCCUCCUGGGCGACACGGUGGAGCUGUCCUGCAAACUGCCCCCGCUGGAGCACGAGGUGCACGUGACGCAGGUGACAUGGACGCGGCAGGAUGCAGUGGGGAACGAGCUCAACGUGGCGGUCUUCCACCCCAUACAGGGCGCCAGCUUCCCCGAGCCCGGCCGGUUGGAAUUUGUGGGCGCCAGGCCGGGCCUGGAGCUGCGGGACGGGUCGCUGGCCCUGCGGGGGUUGCGCGCCCAAGAUGAAGCCAACUACACCUGCCGCUUCGCCACGUUCCCCGAGGGCAGCAGGAGCGCACGCACUUGGCUCCGCGUGCUCGCCCAGCCAGAGAACAAGGCCGAGGCUGAGGAGGUUCCACUCAGCCCGCUCGGCCCGGAGCCUGUGCCUGUGGCCCGCUGCGUCUCCAGUGAGGGCCGCCCACCCGCCCAAGUCUCCUGGUCACACCUGGAUGGGAAGACCAAUGAGAGCCAGGUGCCAGGACACCAGCCUGGCACGUACACCGUCACCAGCUUCUUAAUCACAAUACCCUCAAGCCAGACAGAUGGCAAGCAUGUCACCUGCAGAGUGGAACACGAGAGCUUCAAGGAGCCCAUCCUGCUGCCCGUGACUCUCGAUGUGCCUUACCCCCCAGAGGUCUCCAUCUCCGGCUUUGAUGACAACUGGUACCUCGGCCGCAGGGAGGUCGCUCUGAGCUGUGACGUCCGCAGCAAACCGGAGCCCACGGGCUAUGACUGGAGCACGACCAACGGGACCCUGCCGCCCUCUGCUGUGGCCCAGGGCUCACAGCUCCUGAUCCAGACUGUGGAUGAGUCCAUCAACACGACUUUCAUCUGCCAAGUCACCAACGCCCUCGGGACUGGCCAGGCAGAACUGCCCGUCCUGGUCAGAGAAGAACCUCCCAACCAGGCGCCACAACAAGGCUUGUCCACUCUGGGCAUCGCUUUCCUGAUAGUGGGAGGAGUCCUUGUCUUUCUGGCCCUGCUGGCCUUCCUGAUUCGUUUCUGGCUGUCCAGACGCUCCCGUCGUGACCAACACCGUUCCUCGGCUAAUGGCGUGAGUGUGGUGGUGGGGCUGAGGAGGGUGUGGGACUCUGCACGAACCACAGACUAAUUGCAUGGACAUUCCCAAGGAGGUGACAGGCAUCUCUGGGGACCUGUAGCAUUUAACCAAACGCCAGCAUGGUGUCAGGAGCCAGGUCCUGGAUUUUCUCUCCAGAUGUCUUGAGCCAUGGU